ACUACUACACAGACCAUGAGACCAAUAUAAGCAUGAUUUACGUCAAAGUUAUCCUAACAAUUCAUAAAUAUUAAAUUACCGAAAAACAGUUAAGAAUUUCCAGUAAAAAGUUCUGAAAUUUUGGUGGACAAAUUACAUCAUUCACAAGCUCCAAAAACUAAACAUUAUUCAUGAAGCAAAGGACCACAUCACUAGAAUAUCAACUCCAUAAUUCAAAAUAUAAACAAACAAACAAAAAAAAACCCAAUUAUGUUAUGCCAAAGGGGCAAUAUAUUAUAUUAGACUCACCUUAGAAUAUUUUGCAUUAUUGAUUAUUAUAGCAUGGAUCCUCUCCAACUCUCUCUUCUUCUUCCUCUAUGUCUUUUCCUAUCUUUUUCUCUUUUGAUAUUGGGUCAUUUUGGGGCGAUGGAGGAACGCGGUGAUUGGGGAGUGUCAAGGAAGCCAUGGGAGAAAGAAUUAUGGAAACCUUCAACAAGUUUGGUAAUGGGAGAUGAAGAAAGUAGGCCUCUUAAAAUUAUCUUCAAAAGGCCAGCUAGAAAUUGGACUGAUGCUCUUCCUAUUGGUAAUGGACGUUUUGGUGCUAUGGUACAUGGUGGUGUUUCAUCUGAGAUUAUUAAUUUAAGUGAUGACACACUUUGGACCGGCAUCCCAGGAAACUACACAGAUCCAAAUGCUCCAAAGGCGCUAGCAAAUGUGAGAAAGCUCGUCGAUACAGGAAAAUAUUCGGAAGCUACUGCUUUCGCAGACAAGGAGCUCUCAGGAGAUUCAUCUGAUGCUUACCAACUUUUGGGCGAUCUCAUACUGGACUUUGAAGACCACAAUUCUACACACAUUGAACACAUGUACCAUAGGGAGCUAGACCUGGAUACUGCAACUGUUACUGUGAGAUACUCUGUUGGUGAUGUAGAGUUCACAAGGGAACACUUCGCUUCAAAUCCUGAUCAGGUGAUUGUGACCAAGAUCUCGUCGAGUAAACAAGGUGCUCUCUCCUUCAUAGCCUCUUUGGAUAGCAAAUUGGAUCAUCAUUCUUACACUAAUGACAAAAACCAGAUCAUUAUGGAAGGGAGUUGCUCCGGCUAUCCAAAGGGAAUUCAGUUUUCUUUGGUUCUUAAUUUGCAAAUAAGUGGUGUAGGAGGUAUAAUACAUCAUCUAGAAGGACAGAAAAUAAGAGUAGAAAAGGCAGAUUCUGCAGUCAUACUUUUAAUGGCAUCAUCUUCAUUUAAUGGGCCAUUCACUAAACCUUCAGAUUCAAAGAAAAACCCGACUUCAGAAGCUCUCAGUAGGAUGAAUUCGGUAUAUAACAUUCCAUACUCCACUCUUUAUGCCCGUCAUCUGGAUGACUAUCAGAAACUAUUUCACCGUGUUUCACUUCAGCUAUAAAAAAUCAGCAAGGCAGACGAAAAAAUUUCUACAGCAGAGAGAGUGCAAUCAUUUCAGACUGAUGAAGAUCCUUCUUUGGUGGAACUGUUAUUUCAGUAUGGUCGAUAUUUAUUAAUUUCUAGUUCGAGACCAGGAACUCAGCCUGCAAAUCUGCAAGGGAUAUGGAGUAAGGAUGUCUAUCCACCUUGGAACGGAGCUCCUCAUCUGAAUAUCAAUCUACAGAUGAACUACUGGCUUUCACUUUCUUGCAACCUUCAUGAGUUACAAGAACCAGUGUUUGAUUACUUGUCUGCCCUUGCAAUUAAUGGGAAGAAAACCGCAAGUGUAAACUACAAAGCUAGUGGUUGGGUUGCACACCAAGUGUCUGAUAUAUGGGCAAAAACAUCACCUGAUAGCGGGCAAGCAGUCUGGGCCUUGUGGCCGAUGGGUGGGGCUUGGCUUUCGACCCACUUAUGGGAACAUUAUACCUAUACAAUGGAUAAGAACUUUCUAGAAAACAAGGCAUACCCAUUACUAGAAGGUGUAGCUUCAUUUUUGUUGGAUUGGUGGAUAGAAGGAAAAGAUGGGUACUUAGAAACUAAUCCUUCAACUUCCCCUGAACAUACAUUUACAGCAUCAGAUGGUAAGACUGCAAGUGUGAGCUAUUCGUCAACCAUGGAUGUGGCUAUAACUAAAGAAGUCUUUUCCAUAAUUGUUUCUGCUGCUGAAGCAUUGGGAAGAACUGGAGAUAAUCUUGUCAGAAAUGUUUUAAAGGCUCAGGCAAAACUACCACCUUAUAGAAUCGCUAAGGAUGGCUCUCUAAUGGAAUGGGCUCAAGAUUUCGAGGACCCUGAUCCACAUCAUAGACAUGUAUCACACUUGUUUGGUAUAUUUCCGGGGCAUUCGAUAACUCCAGAGGAAAAUCCUGAUAUUUGCAAAGCUGCAAAUUACAGUCUUUAUAAACGAGGAGAAGAGGGUCCUGGGUGGUCUACGGUGUGGAAAGCUGCACUGUGGGCACAUCUGCGUAGCAGUGAGCAUGCUUACCGGAUGGUCAAGCAUUUGUUUGACUUGGUGGAUCCUGACCGUGAGGGCAGCUACGAAGGAGGGCUUUAUAGUAAUUUGUUCGGGGCACACCCACCUUUUCAAAUUGAUGCAAAUUUCGGAUUUUCUGCUGCUAUAGCAGAAAUGCUUGUUCAGAGCACUGUAAAAGAUCUUUACUUGUUGCCCACACUUCCAAGAGACAAAUGGACUAAUGGUUGUGUCAAAGGAUUGCGGGCUCGGGGCGGCGUGACAGUUAAUAUAUGCUGGACUGAUGGAGAUCUGCAUGAAGUUGGUCUUUGGUCAAAUGGGUCUAAUUCUGUGAAGAGACUAAAUUAUAGAGGUACUACAGUCAUGGCAAACAUCUUACCUGGUACAGUAUACACAUUUGAUAGGAAAUUGAGAUGUGUGAACGCACAAUCUCUCCUAUAAUUCUUUCUUUUAUACAUACAGAAAGGAAUCAACCCUGAUCAGGGUCUUCAUUUUUCAAUUGCUUGCUGAAAGCUGAUUCUUCAGAGUGCCACUUCUCAUUUCUGAUGUUCAUGAGAUAUACAUAUAAUAUAUAUGAUUUUUUUUACCUCUAUCCUCCAAGAACUAUUGAUUCCGAAUUACUAAAAGCAAUAAGCACAAAAUUAUUUUCCUCUUUCAUUCUCUCCAAAUUGAAGUAUGAAACUAUGGAGCAUCAGAAAAGGAAGAUUGAUACAGCAAUUGAUAAGAAUAUCUAUGAAUUAUCAGGAAAAAGGAGAUUAUUAUCUCCUAUACUGGAGUUCAAAUCUCCAAAUAUACUAAAAGGAGGCAAGA